UGCCCUAACGGACGAUCCAAUACAUUUCCCAGCACGUGUUUUCAAACUAUGUUGUUUCCCAUCUUAAUUCGAUACGUCAAAAAAUUAAAUUAACUAACGUAAAGCAAUGGAUUCCGGAAUGUGCCGUGUCUGUAUGAGAGAGAUGGAGAACAUGCUAUGCAUCUUCGAAACGAUGCCGCUACCCGGCGUUUCCCUAGCCACCAUUAUUUCCCAGUGGUGCGGCACCCCGGUUCUACCAAAGGAUACCUAUCCCAAGACCAUUUGCCAGUCUUGUGCUCGGGAUGCGCAGAGUUCUUACGAGAUGGACAACGUGCAGGUGAAAAAGGAGAAGGAGAUGAUGGUGAAUUGUGAGGAUGAAGAUUCGAAUCAGUCCGAUAUUCAACUGAUUGAGGAGGAGUUAUUGAUGGAGACAAUUGACUUGACGAACGAGUCACUUGACAACUUGGAAAAUCUAUGCCCCAACUCCAACGGGGAUGGUGGCAAUGUGAGCAAGACUAGCAAAGAAAAAAAGGUUAAGGUUCCUAAGCCGCUGAAGAGUGGACCAUAUAAAUGUGACAUCUGCCCGAAGUCUUUCAAGUUACCUGCGCACCUUAAGUGUCACAUGUGGGUCCAUGCGAGUGAAAAACCUCACAAAUGCUUACAAUGCUCCAAGUCCUACGCGCUACUCUCCAGUAUUAGGCGCCAUGCGCUCGUACAUACUUCGAGACGUGAAGAAGGACUCUACAAGUGUUCCCAAUGCCCCAAGCUCUUCAAAAGAAACUCUUCCCUCAAGGACCAUGAGACCAAGCACGCCAAAUAAAGCAAAUUCAAGAAGAACGACCAGGAUGGAAAAGACGAAUGCAACGUGUUACCAAAGUAAGGGGAUCUCCGGAAAGCGAACACCUCCAAAGUACCUUACAACGAUUAUACUCAUUUUUUGUCGAUCCGAUAUAUGACCGUUGGAAUAAAUAUUAAACCCUGGGACAUUGUA